GAUGCGGAAGGUGCGAUAUUGACGUUUGGACUGUGAAAGCUAAAGCCAUGAAUCUAAGUGGAGCUGAGAUAUCUGACUGAAUCGUCUGCGUUAGCGUAAGACAAACAAGUGUGCUAAAACUGUGGUUAAUCGGAAUGCGCAGAAGGGUUAAGGAGCAUUCAGGAUGCUGGAGUCCUAUGUCACUCCUCUGUUGAUGAGCUAUGUGAAUCGGUACAUUAAGAAUUUGAAGCCAUCUGAUCUCCAGCUCUCACUAUGGGGGGGGGAUGUGGUGCUCAGCAAGCUGGACCUCAAAUUGGACGUCUUAGAGCAGGAGCUGAAGCUUCCUUUCACCUUCCUGAGUGGGCACAUACACGAGCUGCGAAUUCAUGUGCCAUGGACAAAACUGGGCUCGGAACCGGUGGUCAUUACCAUAAACACCAUGGAGUGCAUCCUUAAGCUGAAGGAUGGUGUUCAGGAUGAAAAUGAAAGCAGUGCUUCCAGUCGAAGUGCCUCUGAGAAGAGUGUGUCCAAACCACGUCGAGUCCAGCAGAGCCCCACUGACCCUGACUUACCCCCGGGGUAUGUUCAGAGUCUGAUUCGCCGUGUGGUCAAUAAUGUGAAUGUUGUGGUGAAUAACCUGAUUCUGAAGUAUGUGGAGGACGACAUUGUGCUCUCAGUCAACAUCACGUCAGCAGAGUGCUACACAGUUGAUGAGCUGUGGGACAGGGCCUUCAUGGACAUCACAUCUCCUGAGUUGGUCCUGAGGAAGGUGAUAAAUUUUGCAGACUGCACGGUGUGUUUGGAUAAGCGGAAUGCUAGUGGGAAGAUUGAGUUUUAUCAGGAUCCCCUGCUCUACAAGUGCUCUUUCAAAACCCGCCUCCACUUCACCUACCACAACAUUAAUUCUAAAAUCCCAGCAGUCAUCAAAAUACAGACGAUGGUUGAGAGUCUGAAGCUGUCACUUACAGAUCAGCAGCUGCCCAUGUUUGUGCGGGUGCUGGAGCUGGCAGUGGCUCUGUAUUAUGGGGAGAUUGGAGCUUACAGAGAUGGAGAGAGAGAGGAGAGCGUCUCUGGCACUGAAGCAGUGGUUAGCAUUCCCAGUACUGUGGGUGAGGGAGUGGACCCAGCUGUAUCAGGUCAGUAUUUAAGCCCGGAUCAGUAUGUGCAAAAGGAGGAUGAGGAGCAGGGCUGGGUGUCAUGGGCCUGGUCCUUUGUACCUGCCAUUGUUAGCUCUGGGGAGGAAGAGGGAGAGGCGGGUUUCUACAUGGAUACAGAAGAUGGUGGGACCCCCAGUCCCUUGCAGCCCUCCUUCAGAGAACCUAUAGUGUCUGUGGGUUUCUACUGCACCAAGGCCUCAGUUACAUUUAAGUUGACUGAAGGUAGUUCUGAUAGCAGUUACUACAGCCCUCAGAAAGUGAAGUCACAAGAGGUGCUGUGUGUGGAACAAGAAGGUAUCACUGUAGAGGCUCUGAUGAUGGGAGAGCUGUUUUUUGACUGUCAGAUUGGGGUAGUAGGCUGCAGGGCUUUGUGUCUCAAAGGCAUUAUGGGAGUGCGGGACUUUGAGGACAACAUGGGCCGAAAGGAGGAGGAUGCUGUAUUUUUCAACUGUGGAGAAAGUCUGCGCUCUAAAGGAAUGACCUACCUAACCAACUCGCUCUUUGACUACCGCAGUCCAGAAAACAAUGGAGUUCAUGCUGAAUUCAUACUUGAUGGCAACCUUCACAAGGAGACCUACACUGAAGCAGCAGGCAUGCAUCGUUUUGGGGCUUUCUACAUGGAUUAUCUCUACAUGAUGGAGAAAGCUAGCGGAAAAGGGCUACAAGACUUCUCAGCAGUGGGUAAAGUGGACCCAGCUCCACUGGUUCAGGAGACAUCAGUGAAACGGUUGGUGAUUGGCCCUCUGGACCUGCAGCUUCACAGCAGUGCAGUCCAUCGCAUCCUCAAGAUGAUCGCAUGUGCCAUGGACCAUGAGUAUGAACCGUACUGCAAACAUAAGCCAUCUGUGGUGGAGGAGAGCAGGGUGGUUCCUGGUGAGGAGGAGGUGGCAGUGUUAGAGGAGUUUAUCCCAACGCGUCUGACGUGUCUAACGCUGCUGAAGGCUUCUAUCACUGUUGCCAUGGCAGAGUUCAACUUAUUGCACAUGCUAGUUCCAGCCAUUUUGGGCCAAAAGUGUUCGACUCUUCAGAUGUCUGCUCCACAGUACCAGCCAGUGAGACCGCUGCCCGCAUUUCGUCUGCAAGUAGAGCGGGUGAAUCUAGAACAUUCCGUGCCAAUGUACGGCCUUGAGCUCAUUCGCACUGUUAGCAGCCUCAGCCAGCCUUCAGACAACCUUCUUCACCACUGCUACACACACUGCUACCUGAAGGUGUUUGAAUUACAAGCAGGACUGACCUUACUGGAUAAUGAGGGGACACCUCCACUCUUACACAUAAUUCCAGCCUUUAGUACUGCUCUCUAUGGGAAGAUACUGCAGUUGCCCAUGUACUGGUCAAAGCGGUCCUCAGUAUCCAUAACAGAGUGUAUGUUUGAGUUACCCCACUUCACGGUGCAAGCUACACAUCCUCAGAUGUUGCUUCUGAACUAUGUGUGGCAGAGCUGGACCCAUAGCACGGGGAGUGGUGCUGGUCCCACCACCAGUGACACACUCAUCAGUGAGGUCUACAGAUCGCCAGGUGGAAAGAGGGUGAGCAUUGCUCCGACAUUGGAGGUGUUGGUUCAGAGCGUGGAGCUAAAAUUGUGUCAGCGGACAACAGUGUGGUGUGCAUCAGGAACAGUGGGAGCUAUUAAAGUGUGUGCCAAGACAUUGGGUAUAUGUGAGGAGCAGAGGGAACAGCUGGUGGUCGUGCUGCAAGGCCCGUCUGACACCCAGGAGCUGUACAGCAGGCAGUGGUUGAAUGAGAGCCGCCGACCACAGUCUCUGCUCGCACCAGACCUGCUUACCUUCUCCCUGCAGAUCCCACAGCCUAUUGGAGACUGCCGCAACUCUGGUGCAGUGAUGCUUGUCAGUGUGCAAGGCAUUGCUGUUAAUGUGGAUCCUGUUCUGUCCACUUGGCUGCUGCACCAACCUCAGAGACCCAGUGCCAGUCGGCAGACACAGCAAACUGUUCCUAUUGUGAAAAUGAUGAGAAGAGAGGAUGAAGCAUCAGUAGGUAGUACUCCACUGGCCAAGCAGUUAUCCAAUCAGGCGUCAGACUAUGCCAGCAGCCCAGUCAAAACCAAGACUGUAACAGAAUCUCGUCCCCUCUCCAUUCCGAUGAAGGUCAUGCAGUCAUCUCCUGAGUGCUCAGUGUCUUCAGAGGAGCGGAUGAAAGAGUUGAUCAUACGCUCCUGGGAUGCUGUUAAACGCCUCACACUGCAGGUGGAGCUGCAGUCAUGUUGUGUGUUUGUGCCUAAUGACACUCUGCCAUGCCCCAGCACCAUAGUGUGUGGUGAUAUCCCAGGCACUGUGCGCAGCUGGUAUCACAACCAAGCUUCAAUGCCAGGGACUCUGGUGGUCUGCCUGCCCCAGAUCAGUGUGCUCAGUGUUGGACAUAGGCACAUGGAGCCCUUGCAGGAAAUCCCCUUUACCAUACCUAGACCGGUCCUGGAGGAAGGUGAUGCCUUUCCAUGGACAGUGACAGUGGGCCAGUUCAGUAUGUAUACAUUGCUCGGGCAUCAGCGUUCUCUGUCACUGCUGGAGCCAAUAGGCUGUACCUCCACCCUCGCUGUGACCUCCCAUAAGCUGCAGCCCGGGCCCACAACAGGCUUUAUCACUCCUGACUUCAGACACGCGUUCAUCAUCUGUCUGCAUGUAGACUUGCAGCCUCUGCAUCUGAAACUCUCCAACCCACAGGUGCAGUUGUUGUAUGAGUUAUUUUUAAGUUGGAGUAGGAUUUGGGAGCAUCUACAAAGGAGACAAUUUCUGCGACAGGCAUCCAAUUUUCCAGACCCUGCCCACCAACCAGCUGGACCCCCGUCACCCCUCCACAGCAGCGCAGACACAGUGCCCCCUGACACCAGCACCCUCAGCCCCUCAGCAGAUCUGGGCUCACCUACAGAGGGUGAUUCCCUGCCUGCUGGUGAGGACCCUGUAUUCUGCGAGGCUGUGACACUGGAGCAGAAGACAAACAAUAUCGGGGGGACUAGUGGAAAAGUUAGCCUGUGGAUGCAAUGGAUGUUGCCAAAACUCACCGUCAAACUGUUCUCUCUAGACCCCACCACCAAGACAGAGAUCUGUGUGAUCGGUGAGCUCGAGGACCUCAGUGCAUCAGUUGACAUGCAGGAUGUUUAUACCAAGGUGAAGUGUAAAGUGGGCAGCUUCAAUAUCGACCACUACAGGAGCAGUGGGGAGGCUGCUGCUUUGCGGCCAGGUGUGUGUGGGGGUGUGCUGCUCUCCUGUACAGACAAGCUGAACCGACGUACUGUGCUGCUUCGCCCCGCCAGCCGCCAUGACCCCUUCAGCCACUUCUCUGCCUUCUUUCCUCCUACGGCAGCAAAGGCAUUGGAAGUGUGUCAUCAGCCACACGGCUUCCUCUCGGUGACAUACACGCAGGCAGUGACCCGCAACGUCCGUCACAAACUAACGACACGCCAAGAAAGAGGGACGGGGCCUCUUAAACUGAGUGAAGGUGGAGCCGAUGGCUCUCCGCAGCACCUGCACGAGAUCCUGCUGACAGCUCAGCCUUUCGAUCUGGUGCUCUCUUACCCCCUGCUAGCCAACGUGGCCCAAGUGUUCUGCACAGUUCCGCCACCACCAUGCAGGCGACCAGUGAGAGAACGCUGCACAGCUGGCCAGCCAGUGAAGGCCUAUGCUUUGUCUUCUAGCAGUCUGCCACUAAUUUAUGUCAACACCAGUGUAAUACGCAUCUUCUUCCCCCUUCAGGACCCAAAAUGCAACAGCGACUCUUGGCACAAGGAGAAGAAAGAGGACACGCUCGUGCUAAAGAUAGGAUCUGUCAGCAUGGCUCCUCAGGCAGAUAACCCUCUGAACCGCACCAUACUGCGCAAGGACAUCUACCAACGGGCAAUGAAUAUGGGAGUUCUGCGUGACCCAGGCUCAGAAGUGGAGGACCGUCAAUAUCAGAUUAACCUGCAGAGUAUCAGUGUGGGCACUGCACUGUGGGAGCAGCUCCAGCCAGAAAGGGAAGGGACAAAAGGAGGCAGUGCUGCGGAUGGUGAGAGAAGUUCCCAGAAUCCUGCACUGGAAUGGAACAUGGCCAGCAGCAUUAGGAGGCACCAUGAGAGAAGAGCAAUCCUCACUCCCAUCCUGACGGACUUCUCUAUACGCGUUACGGCCGCUCCAGCCAUCAUCUACAGCAAACCUUUAUCACCUGACAGCAACUCUGCUGAGGAGAUAGUGGUGUGUGGCCACAGUUUGGAGGUGAACGUUACAUCAGGUCUAGAGAUGUUUCUGAGUGUGUCUCAGGUUCAGCUCAUCCAGCUGCUGCUGCAGGCCAAUGUGGGUACUGUCGACACUUCAGAGAAAAUAACUGAGAUGCAUAGACAGGAUCCUCAGGAAGGAGGUGUUUGUGCUGCAAGUGUUGUGGAACUGUUGGGAAAGGGCAGUGUCUACGGUCAGGACAGUGGUUUUGGUAGCGACAGUGCCUGUCUGCGCAUCAUUCAGAUCGACCAACAGAGUGGCACUAGCCACCACCGGAUAGCCAGACACUCACACCAGCCUUCCAUAACAAAGAACCUCUCUUUCAUCCCGUUUGACAUCUUCCUCACAGCUGGACGUCUCACUCUCAUGACAUAUAGCAUGGCCUGUGUGCCCAAACCCCCCAGAGAGACCAUUGGAUGCACAGGCAAGAGUGCCCUCAGUGUGCCCAAGGAACACACUGAUGCCUGCACACCUGACCAGUCCCCAAGGCUGAUCUCUGAUCUCUCAACUCUAACGGCAGAGGAUCUGCUGAAUGGUAAUGGCUCUAUAGGGGAACGGCACCCUGCAGGAACAGGCAUACUUUCACUUGAGAGACUGUCUUCUCCUAGCAGGACAUCUGCAAGGCACGCUUUGGGUGUUACUGUGGUUCGACAGCCUGGUAGACGAGGAGUAGGAGAAGGCCUGCUGCAACCUUUCUUCUUUCUGCAACUUGCACAGCCUUCUGCCCUGCUCAGCUGUCACCAGCGCAGACAACGCCUGGAGCUCUCACUUUUUGACGUCACACUGAAGGGAGUCACAAAUAACUACACGUGUCUGGAUGCAGGGAAGUCUCUACCUGAGUCUCUGGACUACAGUGUGUUCUGGUUGCAGACAGUAGCAGGAGAGGCAGACAGCAGAACAGGAAUCCCUCCUCCUCUUUUGUCCCUAUGUAUCAGAGACUUUCUCAGUGGGCCAGCUGAGAUGAAGGUGACACUGUGUAGGCCACUGAAGGUGAACCCAACACUGGCCAAGCUGGAACAGAUAAAGUCCUUCUGGAGAAAAAUCUUCGCUGAGGGCAGUUAUACACCUGACACCACCUUCUGCACUCUUCAGCCUUCCGCCAGUAGUAUACAUACUCCAUCCCAUAGUGCCAAACAAGACGAGAGAACCACAGUCUCACCCUCCAUCCCAAGCCAGCUAGCAGGCGCCCUGCAGACUCUUGCUCCCUUCCACAAGAUCUCCCUCCAAACCGUGCAGAUGGUGGUCGUCAUGGAGACAGAGUCACACCCUUCCCGACCCAGUCUCACAUUUUCUGUUUGCAGUGUGACAGGCAGUCUGAACAUGAAGAGUGGACAGAAACCACUUGAGAGUAUGAAGGAGGCACGUGUGUUUUUGCAGUGUGAGCAUAUGUUAGUUCGCACGGCUUUACAGGAGAGAAGCAGAGUGUUUGUAGGGCCAUUCUCCUGCAGUGUAGAGCUGGAUGCCCGUUGGUGUCGACACAGUGGCAGCCCCACCCCUGAAGUUGGUCCACCAAGAAUCCUGCUGGACAUAAAGGGAGGAUUACUACAGGUGUUUUGGGGGCAGGAGCACUAUAAUUGCCUUACUCUGAUUCAAGAGUACUUACAGUGCUACUUGAAAGAGGUGGGAGGACAAGUGGAAAAGCCUGUGGGAGGGCAAGAGGAGAAGCCUAAGGAGAAACCUUUUAGAUCCUAUCCACCACCCUCCCCUGGGCCACACUCCCCUUGUACAGAACACUCCUCAGAUGACCUGCGCACUGGCCUCUUCCAGUACAUCCAGGACUCGGCCUCUCAGAAGCUGCCAGUGGCACAUGAGGUGGUGUUCUAUAAUGAAACAGAGGACAGUCCUGGUGUGAUGAUGUGGAGAUAUCCUGAACCACGAGUUCUCACCUUCGUACGCAUCACCCCUGUGCCUUUUAAUACUACAGAAGAUCCAGAAAUCAGCACGGCUGACCUGGGGGAUAUUCUACAGGUGCCCUGUACUCUGGAAUUCUGGGAUGAGCUGAAAAGAGCCUUUGUGCCUUACAGAGAGUUCAGCCUGUCUGAGUGUAGUGUGUGUGAGCUCACAUUGCCCCCCCUCAGCCCACACACACACCAGACUGAACUUGUAGCCUCAGACCUCUGGAGAGUUAUAGUUAACAGUACAGGAGAUGGAGCAGAUGAGAGUUUGGACAGUGAGUCUGGUUCCCAGUUGCCAUGUGAGCAGCUGGUAUCUCCCACAGCAUUGGCAGCGUGUACACGGGUAGACUCCUGUUUUGCGCCAUGGUUUGUGCCGUCGGUUGGCAUGUCCCUGCGGCUGGCCCACCUGGAGCUGCGACUGUGCCACCAUCUGGAACAACUAGGCGCAGUACCAUCCCAACAACUCCGCCCCUUCCUGCCAGACAGGAAGUUACCAUCUGACCAAGAGUAUGGAAUGGUGUCUGUGCGCGAGCCGCAGCUGUUUGUGCGGCAGUGGAGUAAUGGGGCUCAGCUUGGCCAAGAGCUGCACUUCUCAACCACACUGAACUGUCACCUGGUGGACUACAGGAACCUUACCCUCUUACCCUUGUUGCAACCUUUCAGCUUCCAGGGCCAUAGCAUCAGUACAUACAGCCAAUCCAAUCAGAGACACACCCAGCUGACCCUUCAUGUGGAUCCCAUCCUGGUUUCUUUGGGUCAGCAUGCCAUACAUACGCUGGACACAGCACUGUUGGCUUGGCAACAGAACCUCAACCCAGAAGCAGAGGAGCUGCUCUUCAGUCACUAUGUGAUCUGUAAUGACACUCAGGAGACUCUGCGUUUUGGCCAAGUGGACACUGAUGAAAGUGUGGUGCUAGCCAGUAAACAUAGCCACCAGUACUGUUGGAGAUCGCACAAAUCGUUACAGCUGCUGCACAUCUGUAUUGAGGGUUGGGGUAACUGGCGCUGGUCAGAGCCCUUCAGUAUUGACAAUGUGGGGACACUGCUCAGAAGCAUCCAGAGGAAAGGCCAGACUGCCUCACUCAUCAUUAAAGUCCUGCCGCUUAGCGGAGUGCUGAAACAGAUCAUUAUCUGUGGAAGACAAGUGGUAUGUAGUUAUCUGAGUGAUGCAAUCGAGGUGCGUUUGGUGCAGCACAGUGUUGGUUUGGAAGGCCAGAUGCAGGUAUGCAAGUUGCAGGCCUGCGUGGAGCCACAAAGCAAGCUGCCUUCGUAUGUGCUGGAUGAUUCAGAAGUGACUGAGCUGUCUGUACGUUUACAUGGACAUGAGGAAUGGUCUCAAGAUAUAUGUCUCAAAGGCAUUGACGAAAACAGCAGCCAUGUACUACAGAUUCCAUCAUCUGCUGACUCUGUGGUGUGUGUCUGGUGCAGUAUAAUAACUUUGGAACCCAGUUCUCAUAUGCAACAGAGAUUGAUGGUGUUCAGUCCACUCUUUGUAAUGCGGAGUCAUCUGCCCGAGGCCGUAUUAGUACAUGUGGAGAAGCGAAGUUUGGGACAAAGGGAGAGCCAGCUCAUCCCCGGCCAGGGACAGGAGCAAGCAUUGCUCAAUGUUAAACCGGACAUCACACACCACCUCACUUUCCAAGCCAGUGAAGAGGGAGACGCAUCCCAGUGUGCAGUGCCAAUCUCCUCAGCUCUGAUCAGACAGAUUGUCAAUAAGGCUAAUCAAGAGGAGAGGCAGAACCAUAGCAGCAUCCUAGAACACUUCUACGGUCCAAAGAAUUCCAGCCAACUACCCUGGCCCUACACCUACAAGGACACAGACAGGUUGGACAUUGAGUCAUCAGUAGCUCAGUGGGAUAGUCCCAUGCAGGUGCGUCUCUGUGCGUGGCGGACAGGUUUGAGCACUCUGCUGGUGGAGUUGUUACCGUGGGCUCUCCUCUCCAAUAACUCCAACUGGGACCUCUGGCUGUUUGAGGCAGAGAGCAUCAUUUUGCAGAUCCCUGCUGGCAAGACUAUCAUCCCCCCCAACUUUAAGGAGGCAUUUCAGAUUGGCCUCUACUGGCCACACACUAAUACAGUGCACAAGUCAGCAGCCAUCCAGCUGCUACAUGAACUGACCUCACCACGCUGGAGGGAGAUGGUUGGAGUUGAGGUACUCAGCCUGGAUGAGGAGGGAUACGUGGAGGCUGCCAUUACCCUCGGAGCCCCACCCAGGCAGAAGAUGUGCCAGUUCUGUGUGUCCUCGACAGUGAGGCAUGGGAUUCAAGUUUUGCAGAUUGAGGACAGAACUGUUUUGGUGAACAACACAAAAUAUACCAUUAACUACAGACCACUGCUGUCUGAAAACACACUUGUUACUUCUGAUCAGCCAUAUAGUUCACCUGAAACUAGUGUGUUCACACUGGAACCUAUGGCAGAAACUGGCAGUCCUUCUCACUGUGCAGUACCGUGCUGGGAUGUGUUGUGCGAUGGCCCCACAGCAGAUCUGGGCUCCUUGCCCCAGAAGUAUAUUUUGUUCAGCUGUUUGGUGGCAUCCAAGCAGGAGGGGGAGUUCUGGAGCCUGCCAACCUCUGUACGGUCAGACUUUCCCAGACAGAGUGUAUCUGUGCCAGUACACCAGAAUGCCCACAACUACUUCAGCACCAGGGCCCUGGUUCUGACAUAUCAGGAGCACUUAGGAAUUAACUACAUCUCUGUGAGUGAGGACCCAUGUCCUCGUAUGCUCAUCCAUAACCGGUGUCCCAAAGCCCUGCUGCUGAAGGAAAAUCUGAGGGAGCCUGCAAGGACAGAGGUGUUUUGUAGAAAGCUACCUCCUCUGUCCUCUGUGCAUCAUGAGCUGUACUACCACUCUUCGAGUUUCCCUGAAUGCCGACAGAGAGAGACAUUUCCCACCCUGCUUCUUUGCUCUGCCCCUGACCUGCACAGCAGUCCCUCUGCCACAGCCACUACGCCCAAUUGGACUGAUGCCAUUGAUAUAAACAGCCCAGGCACACAGGUGAUGUUAUUAUCAGGUUUUGGCUGUCUAUAUGUUGAUGUGGCUCAUCAGAGUGGUACCAUCAUUCUCACACUGACACCAGAAAGCUGUGCUGGAACUGUCAUCAGUGAAUAUCACAGGGUGUCUGAUCAUAUGCUGUCCUUCCGUGUACUGCUGAAUGAUGUCAGCGUGGUGCUUUGUGAUGACAUCACUAGUCCAGCUGGUUCAGUGGAGCUGUUGCGUCUGACUGCAUCUAAAAUCCUAGUGCUCUUGCCCCCCACUGAGACCACUACAGGCGACACAACCCCCUCUUUUGCCCGCCAGAUGCAGGUGCUGUGUGGCAAUCUACAGAUGGACAACCAGCUGUACAGCCGUUGUAGUUUCCACUUUCCUGUCCUUUUAUGCCAGGAGCAGCGGGCAGAUGCACACUGCUGGGUGGGCCAUUGUGACCCAGCAGUGAGCUAUAAGGCUCUGGAGGACUUUCAGCAGUCAUGCUUCCUGUGUGUGUUCCUCACAUUGUCUAGCAAUGGGUUCCAACUGGAGAAACUCAGUUUCCAACUCAAACCAGCCCGUAUCUAUUUAGAGGACACCUUUGUGUACUACCUGAAAACGCUUUUCCACACUUACAUACCAGUUUCCACCCUGCCCAAUGCUGUGGGAAGUGGUGUAUUAAGAGAACCUGGUCCAUUGUUACCUGAGAAAGUGUACCAAUCAAUGCAGGCACUAGUUCAGCCAAUAAGGCUGCAGCAACUGCUAAUUGAACCAGUCAGUCUGCUGGUCAGUAUCCAUGCCUCUCUGAAACUUUACAUUGCUUCUGACCAUACACCACUGUCCUUCUCAAGGUUUGAGAGGGAACAGUUUUGUACCACCCCACGCCAACUUAUACAUGCACUGACCAUGCACUAUGCUGCAGGGGCCCUCUUCAGAGCAGGCUGGGUAGUAGGUUCUCUGGAGAUCCUGGGCAGUCCUGCAAGUCUGGUACGCAGUAUUGGAAAUGGAGUGGCAGAUUUUUUCCGUUUGCCAUAUGAAGGAUUGACACGUGGACCUGGAGCCUUUGUUAGUGGUGUGUCUCGUGGAACCAGCUCAUUCGUCAGACACAUUUCAAAAGGCACACUGACGUCCAUCACUAACUUAGCCACUAGUCUAGCACGCAACAUGGACCGACUGUCUCUGGAUGAGGAACAUUAUACACGGCAGGAAGAGUGGAGGAGACAGCUUCCUGAGAGUCUGGGUCACGGUUUGCGCCAGGGCCUCUCGCGUCUGGGAAUAAGCUUGCUGGGAGCAAUUGCAGGUAUCGUGGACCAGCCAAUGCAAACGUUUACCAGGCCUGUGGAAGCUCAUAGUACAGCAGCCAGCACCGCCCGGGACGUCAUCUCUGGAGUGGGGAAAGGAAUUGUGGGGGUUUUCACCAAGCCAAUUGGAGGAGCUGCUGAACUUGUCUCACAGACAGGAUAUGGCAUACUGCAUGGUGCUGGACUCUGGCAGUUGCCUAAGCAGCUGUAUCCACCUACAGAGGAAAAAGCAGAAGAUGCACGCAACAGCCAUCUCAAAUAUGCUUGGAAAAUGCUGCAGUCACUUGGGUGGCCAGAGGUACACAUGGCUCUGCAUGUAUUUAUGGUGAGCAGCUCUGGCCAGGAGCAUGCAGGCUGCCUACUUCUCAGUGAGGAGGUGCUUUUCAUCGUGAGUGUGUGUGAAGACACACAGCAGCAGGCCUUCCCAAUCACUGAAGUGCAGUGCCAACAAGAUGUACUCAAACCCGAAAAGCUCACACUCACUUUGCAUCAGCAUCAAAUCACCAGUGACAGCGAGGGUGAGGGUGUUCGAGAGCGCUUAUCUGAGCAGCAGUACAGUCGGUUAGUAGACUAUGUGACUCAGGUGUCUCAGUACCUCGCACCUUUUCCCUCCUCCAUCCUUCAGCAUACCUUCAUCACAGCAGCAGAGCCUCCCUCCAGCAUCACCAAAGCAUACCACUACUGCACAGACCCUGCUUAUGCCAGAGUUUUCAUAGGCAAAUUCAACAUGGUGAAGAACAAGGCACUGCACGUUGGCUUUAACUGAGAACCAUUAUUUAAAUUAACUUUUGGGUCCAUCUUUAUUAGCCUAGAAGUGCUGGUCUGGUAUCAGCUUUGCACAGUCAUGCAGUUGUAUUCUUUGGGAUCAUAUAGGCAAAAUUGAAUUCUCAUUGUUCAGAUUAGUAUUUGUGGGUAAACGCUGCCACAAUCCACAGAAUCACAUUCAAGGAGAGGUGCAAAAAAGAAAGAACCUGGAAGAAAUUGGAGAAAAUUAUCUUUGUCUUCUGAUUAUUUUCUUAACAUUUUUAAGAACUGAAAGCUCCCAGCAUUUCUCUCAUCGUUGCAUUUCCCUGACUGUAUCUGUUGAUUGCAUAAGUGUGAAUCUUAUUUGUUUGUUAAAAACUUUAAAAUCUGAGUUUAUCACUAAUGCUGCGUGCCUAGAAAGAUGAAAGACUGAGUUGAAUUUAAAGGAAUGACAUUGCAGAUCUGUGAGUUUUUCCCCAUGUGCAGAGCAGCAGACCCCUAAAAACCCUUUUUUUUUUUUUUUUUUUUUUUUUACAAUACAGAAUAUUGGAUGAAUUUAGAUAUUGAGGGUUGUGUCAAGAUUCUGUCUAUAAAUAUAGAUAUUAGUGGUUGUGUUAAGAUAUAUAAGUAAAUUAUAGAUUUUUUUUUUCAUUUUUUUGUAGUCAGUGAAAAUGUUUUUUUUUUAAUAUUUCUGCUAACUCACUUAAUAUUUAGAAUAAACAUUGCUUAAGGAUGUAUGCUGCAUUGUGUGAACCUUUUACAGAUUUACAUUUGUUGACUGUAUAUAUUGUAAUUAUUAAAUAUUCUAAUAAAAUGUGAAACAUUGGUUCAACCUUG